AUGAUCAAUCCUAAGUCUAUUAAUUAUCCGUCAGAAUUGCAAGCCCUACUUAAUCAUGAUAACCUAUUUCUUAACAAUGGAAGGUGUGCUUAUUUCACAAUUGUAAAUCAAAGGAUUAAAUUACAUCUAAACAAAGAUUCGAUUAAACCGUCGGAAAAAUUUAAGUGUGCAAUAAAUAAGGCCAUUGAAGGAAUAGAUUCGUAUAUAAGUUAUUUAAAGUUGUUGGAUGUCUUUGCAGCUUUUGGAAACUUCUUUGCCCAAAAUAUUGUAAUAGGUAAAAAAUUUUUUAAAUAUGUCGAAAUGGAUAUAGGUUGCAUCGAAGACGAAAUAGAAUGGUCAACUAUCGACGAUUUCAAAAAAAUUUCGAAAAAAUUAGAAAAUAUGCUGUCAUACAUUAAUAAUGAAAAUCUUUUAGAUAAUAGUUGGGUCGAAUCUUGUUAUCAAAAUGAUACUAAAUUAAAUGUUAUCGAAUAUGACGAUUUAAUAUCAAUUUAUGAAAUUUUUGAAGAACCAACUCGUAGUCAGAUAAAAAUGAUUCUUGAAAUUCAUGAUCAUAACAAUUCUUUAUUAAAAAUUUUGCAAUUACCUGAAGAGGUUAAAAAGAUAAAAAAACCAGAUUUUAAGCAAGAGAUACUUAUGAUUGAUAGCGUGCAAGUUGAUGCAUCAGUGAUAUAUUAUCGUGUUAAAUUCAAGAAUAAAUUAAAGAGCGACAACUAUCAGCUUUAUGGAAAUGUAACAACAACUUCUGGGCAACAACUUAGUGAAAAAAUUAUUAAAUUUAAGGCAAUAAAUAUUUUUGGAUUUUCUGUAAACGUCGAAAAUAUUCUCGAUAUCAAGAUAAAUAAUUCCGGAAAAAUGAAUAUAAACUGGAUGUUAGUUGCAAAUCCAGAGAUUGUUGAAGAUUUACAAGAAUUUGAGAAUUUACAUGAAAUUUUUUACGAGUAUUCAUAUUCUCGAAAUUUAAUUGUUGUAGAAACCGGAAAGAAAGCGAUUGAGCCUAGUAUUGACCCAAAUUGGGAAAUUUACAUUGAAACACUUCCAAAUCUUCCGUCAAAUGCAGUAUUUACUUGCAUAUUCAAGUAUCCAUUAUCGAAUAAUGAACCAUCAUUUGUUGCUUCUAUCAAAUCUUAUAAUGAAAAUGGCACAUUAGUAGCAAACGUGACAAGUCACACGCAUAACUUUUCAGAUAAUCUUGAAAAAGAUGGUACCAAUGACAAUAAUAUCUUCGACCAUUAUUAUAACGAAAAUGAUCAUGUAGAUGAUGAUGCAAAAAUAGUAUUGGGGGAAUAUCAAAUAUAUUGGUGUAUUUAUCUUACAUCAAUACAAAAAAUUACAAUUGGGCAAUUUUUUAAUAGUGCUAAUCCAUCAAACAAGGA